AAAUUUUCUAACUCGACGCGGGAUAUAAAGAGAGAAAGGAAGUUGCUGCAGCUGAAGCUAAAAUAUGUUGUAUGUUGACAAGUAUCAGUAUCAGUGUAUAAUUUUCUGGACGUUAAUAAAGUGACCACUGUGAUUACAAUAACAAACAAUCACAAUUGUUAAUUAAUUAUUUAUGAAGAAAAAAAAAGGACUGUUGGGGGGUUAUGGAUUGAGUUGCUGGGCUCGUAGCGUCGUGGUGUCUCUCCAAAGCCAUAUUGAUUUUUUAUAAAACAAAAUCAUAAUUUAUAUACUAGUGGUGGUGGUCGUCGUCUAAGGUGUGGUUGGUAUUGGUUCAUGACCUGAUGAAUGCUUCGCAAGAAUCGCAAGUUGUAGUAGUAGUUUCUCGUACUAGUACAUAACUAGUCAUUACAUUACAUUACAUACAUUACGCUAGUUAACUUUUAUAAAGAGUUUGAGUUAAAGUAUUUAACUAACUACUGAAUAAAUAAAAGAUAACUUUUUUAAAUAUGGAUACGGAUAAAAUAAUAUUACCGAGUAAAUAAAAUUAUUUUUAUUGAGACUAACCAACAAAUAUUUUUCUGUUAGGUUAGUCUUAUGUUUGUGAAUUAAAAAUUAUGCUCCUCAUGUUGAGUUUUAGCAUCAUUGCUUCGAGUGACAUACGUUUGUCGUUCUACCAAAUCUCCUGAUAAAUAAAUCUAUUAAAUGUUUUGUUUUUAAAGUGAAAAAAAAAAAAAAAAUGCGAACGUAGUGAUAUUUAUCCAGCACUGAUUAAAUAUGUAUUUUAAGUAAUUUGAGCUAAAAGCCAAAAAUUAAUAAUUAAUAACAGUUAUUAAAAUAUAAAAUGAUGAGUAGUUGGACUGAGAGAAUGCAUAGAAGGGCAGCUACCCUUGGUAAUGUUGUCACCAGCUGUGGUCAUCCUUCCUCUGUAUCACCCUACCCCAGAAGACUUGAAAAAGUUAAAUUUGGUGUUCCACUUGAUGAAGUCUGCAAAAAUGAUAUUCCUGGCCCAUUAUUGGUUCUUAUUCUAAAGCUCAACAAAGAAGCACCGUUGAGAAAAGAUGUGUUCAGAGCGCCAGGUCAUCAGGGUAACAUGAAAAAACUUAUUCAUUUCCUCCAAACAGGACGUUUAGUUAACAUGGAUAACUUCAGUGUUUAUACAAUAGCCAGUGUUUUAAAAAAGUUUUUAAGAAAAAUACCUGGUGGUGUGUUUGGCCGAGAGGGAGAACAACAAUUAUUUACGGUUAUUCAACUUGACAGUAUGGAACAACAGAGGGACCAGAUCUAUCAAUUAAUCACAUCUUUACCCAUUUACACACAACGCUUAUUAGUAUUACUUUUCGGAACAUUCAGGGUAGUAGCUGUUAAUAGCGAUCGAGCUCGCACAGGAAUGUCUAGUGAAGCAUUGGGUGUAUCUGUCGCACCUUCUUUCUUUCAGAGCUGUGUCAGUGAUGGCAAAACCGCUAAAAUGGAGGAUGUACUGAGAUUUAAGGCGGAGAUAUCAGUGGCGACUCGAGUAAUGAAAUUUAUGAUUGAUAAUUUUGGAGUAUCGAAUCUUUUCGGCCGUGAAAAUUACGAGUUUUACGCUCGAAUUACCGGACGAAUAUUAAAAGUUGAAGAAGACUGGAUAUUCAGUUUCCGUUAUCCGCCUGAUAAUUUAGUCUCCAGACAAUUGUCUCUCGAAGCUGAAAAGACGUGGCUGCAAUACGAAUGCGAGCGAUGGGGACUCAAGUUCAAUUUGGAAUCUAUGUCGCAUCAAGAAGAAUCGCAAUCGACACCAGCUUUGAUCCACGUGCCAGAGUCUCUAGAGCUUACGUCAUCCUUAGGAAUGAUUCCUGAGAAUACCUUGCUUGAGAGUUAUACUCGACUAUCUGUCAGCUUGGAAGAGAAUGGAUUGUUUCAUGCGUCAAGUAGAUCAUCUAGUAACGCAAGUCAUCAAUCCCGUCACGCAGCGAUGACUCUAGACGAAUUAAGGGCCGUUAAUCGAUACGCUGAGAGUACCAAGAGUCUCAGCUAUUUGCCACAGGUACACGAGAGGCAAACAGCUCGUAUGCGCACGAGGUCAGAGUGGUUUUUGACGCCUGUUGGUGAAAGACUCGCAGGAACUGAUAGUGAUCCUACAGCCAUACACAUCCUCAGAGGAUCCAAUCGAUCUUCUUCUGAUAAUAUUGCUACAGGUCUGAGCGCUAGCGCUGAGUCAGUAAAACGUCCAAGUCUACGAAGAACAGCUUCCAGAGAAAAGUCUCGCAUCCAUCGAAGUUCAUCGCGACGUCACAAAGAAAACGGAACGAAAAAUCGUGGAUCUAUAGAUCCCUGUAAAUCCCGAUCUAUGGAGACCAUGAAGAUGAAAAGAGCGUCGCAAGAGCCGGCUGAAAAAAUACCAAAAAAUAAAAGCGAUGAGUUAUUGAAUGACGAGUCGCCUUACUCACGUGAGUUUAUAAACGAUCAGACAGCGGAUAUUUCAAUCGGACCACAGGAUUGCACUGAAAAAGAUGAGCAUAGAUUUCACGUUACUUUGACGUACAAACCGAGGAUAUGAAAAAUAAAUGAAAGCAGUUUUUCAUAAAACUGAACUGCUUUUAAUUUAUUUUUAUAAGUUUGUGAGAAUAAAAAUAAAAAAAAAGAUUUGUUAAAAAAUGAAAAUUUAAAGUAACUUUAAAAAUUUUUUUUUCAGUUACUUUUUAUUGUCAUAUUUUUGAGGGUAAGGAAAACGUAUAACUGUGAAUACGAGCUUGUUUUGACUCCCUCCAAAUAAAAAAAAAAAUAAAUUAUUUAGUUGGAAUUAUAAUAUAAAUUUAUACACUAAAAAAAAAAACUAGAAAAAAAAAUACAAACAAACAAUAAUAUUUCCGUCGAUCAAUACAUGCAAAGUAUAUCAAUUAUUAAUUAAUUACAAUCGACGUAU